AUGCCGGACGGGUCAGAACCCUCGGAUCCAUCUCCAGCCGGCCCGCCGCAGGAGGUGAUUGGUCAGGCCUCGAUUUGCAUUCCAAACGGCAAGGGAUCGCGACCGGGGUUCUUCAGUUUGCGCUUUGACGGGGACCCCGAUGCAAAGAAGGCCAAAGAAAUGGCAAAAGAGGUCACGCACAUUCUGAAAGCGCACGAGUAUGAUAUACUCCUGGUUGAGGCUGGGGCUGGGGAGAGCUUCGGCGACCAGGUCAAGUCACACCAAGAUAGGAUUAGGGAAGAGGAUGGAGUCCUGCUGGCCGUGUGCACGCGAAACUACGCGGAGAAGACCGGAUCUCCGUACUCGACAUUCCAGGAACUUGCUUACGCAGACAAGUACAGUAUACAGGUUCUGCCACUGAAGAUGACCGACGCUUCGCCAUGGGAACUGCGACCCCCAGAAAAACAUGGCAACGAAGCCCGGGCUCUCAUCACGAAAGUCUUGAGUCCCGAUCUUGCAUAUUUGGACUGUCGUAGUUUGUCCCACCCGGAGAUUGCGAGGCGAAUUGCGGAACGGUUGCGGCAGCCCAGGGAGCAGGUGGGGUGCAGGAUUGGCCGUAAGGACAGCGACUCCUCAAGAACAGCCCCCACAGAUUUGCAGCCGCCAUGCCCGCGGUCCUCUUCGACGGCAUCGGUGGCCGAGGCCUCAGCUCCUUCUGCAGGUCCUGAGGCUUCUGCCAGAGAAGCAUGUUCACCGGCCAGUGAUGCAGCUUCGCCCGAAGAACAGAAGAUUCUGGAAUGCCUGCAGUCUGGGGAGUGGAUGGAAACACUGGCCAUUUCCAAGGCUGUGAUUGGGCCGGGUGGCACAGCAAAGGAUGUCAACAAGCAUCUGUACAAUUUGGAGAAGCGGAGGCAGCUUGAAUGGCAGGAAUCGCCAGGGAAAAGACAAGGCAAGCAGUGGAGGAAGGUCCCGCAUGCCUCUUCUGGAGUGGUGUCUGCACCGUUCGAGAUUGAUACGAUGGACUAG